AUGAACAAAACUACUACAACGGCCAACAUGCAUGCCAUUCAAAAUGCGUUGGCAAAUUACGAUACCUCCUUCCUUUCUGACGAUGAGGAAGACUACUGUCCACUAUGUAUCGAAACGCUGGAUAUUACGGACAAAAACUUCAAACCCUGUCCCUGUGGCUACCAAAUCUGCCAGUUCUGCUACAACAACAUUCGCCAGAAUCCAGAACUCAACGGAAGGUGUCCUGCGUGUCGUCGCAAAUACGACGAUGAAAGCGUAGAGUACAUUGUUUUGACGCCAGAUGAAAUGAAGUUGGAGCAAGCCAAGCAAGCGCGCAAAGAGAAGGACCGUAAGUUGCGCGAUAAGGAACGAAAGGAACACGAAUUUGCAAACCGCAAACAUCUAGCAGGUAUGCGCGUGAUCCAGAAGAACUUGGUUUACGUCGUGGGUCUGAACCCUCCCGUUGCAUACGAGGAUGUUGCUCCUUUGCUGAGAACCGAUCGAUACUUUGGGCAAUACGGCAAAAUCAACAAGAUUGUGGUCAACAAGAAAACGACCCACAACGAGCAUCACGCCGGACCUACUAGCCAUAGCCACAGUCACCAGCACUCGGGUUAUGGAAUCUAUGUCACAUUUGCCAAGAAAGAUGAUGCAGCGCGGUGUAUUGCCGCCGUGGAUGGGACUUAUAUGGACGGGAGAAUAGUGAAAGCUGCCUACGGCACUACCAAGUACUGCUCAUCAUAUUUAAGAGGCCAAGGCUGUCCCAAUCCCAACUGCAUGUUUUUGCACGAGCCAGGCGAAGAAGCAGACUCUUUCAACAGACGCGAGCUCACAACUAAGCAGAAUGACAAUGUACUGCCAUUCAAGCAGCUGGGUGGUGGUAGCACCAAUCUCACUACCCAAAUACCACUGAAGCCUGGCUCUCAAAUCAAUUCCCUGUCCUCUACAUCCCCUGUACCUUCACCCUUGCCAAUCAGGGCCCACUUAAACAAUCAUCAAGAAGAUGUCAAUCUAUCUUCGUCGUCCUCAACAUCUGCAGCUCAAACUCCUGUUCUGACCCCAGCUCCUAUCCCAAGUGGCUCCAAUCCUUGGGGCGUCAAUCCUGUAACAGCUCCAUUGUUCUCAUCCACAGCUGCAAAGUCCACGACUUCUUCGGCAUUUCCAACGUUGGGUGAGGCUACGUUGGCACAAUCGAUGGCUGCGUUAUCUACCAGUCAACCGAGCAACAGCAGCAACAACAACAGUAGCAGCACCAACCAAAGCAAGGGGGGUAAGAAGAACAGCAGCAAUAGUGAAAAGAAGUACGUCGAUCCUUAUGACCCAUUGUCGAGUGCGGUAAGAUUUAUCGAUGAGACCAUCAAAGCAUUAUCCGAAUAUAAGAAUUGUUACUUCAAACUGAGACCGGACGUUAUCGACGACGAAACAUACUAUUCUUACCCUUCAUUAUUUUCAUUUGAGAAUAUUCCCGUUUCUGAAACAUCUGACAACGCACUAGGACGGAAGCUGGUGGAUAUGUUGGCGAUAAAGCCUGUAGAUCACAUCGCAUCGGUGUUGCCCUAUUUACAAGCCACUCAACAAACUAACUCGUUAACAGUGCAACAACAGCAACAGCAACAGCAACAACAACAGCAGCAUAUCCUUAUUGCCAAGCAACAACAAUUCCAGCAGCAACAACAACAACUACAGCAGCAACAGCAACAACAACAGCAACAACAGCAACAGCAGCAACAACAGCAGCAAGCACCUCAUUUACAGUCACAGCCCACUCCUCCUGGCAUGACACCACAACUGCUACAUUCUCAGCUACAACAGCAGAGAGCUGUCAACACUCCACCACCACCUGGUAUUUUCUCUCCCACAAACCCACCAAUGGGACAGAGUCAAAUGCCUGCUUCUGGAAGUAACUCCUCGGACUUGUUGAACCAACUCAUAAACGGAAAACGUAUCUCCACCAAUUAA